AUGGUGACCUCUAAUGAUCCUCAGUUUACUUCAAAGAGCAACCUUGGCUAUCUGGAGAAGCUGGGCAAAGAGACAUCUGCAUCGCUAGAUACUCAUCAUGAAUGUGGGUUCAGAAAAUCUGAAAUUUCUAUUUUCUUAGAGGUAAAUAAACCAGGAAUAUGCCCCAAGGAGAGGUUCACUUGUGUUUCUGUCACUUCAGAAUGUGAUAGUGAUUCUGAUUGUGAAGGAUAUCUGAAGUGCUGCUCUUUCAACUGUGAGAGGAAGUGUAUGGAUUCAUACCAAGAACCCUGCUUCCUAAAACUAGAUCCAGGAAACUGUAGACUUACUGAAUUGCGCUGGCAUUUUGAUUUUAAUCGUAAAGUAUGCAAACCCUUUAUUUAUAAAGGCUGCAGUAAGAAUUCCAACAACUUCAUCAACUGGGAAGACUGUCAGAAAGCUUGUUCAUCAGUUGUCAAGAAAGGACAAUGCCCACAUUUCCCUUUCAAGAACCGUAUGGAAUGUACAUCUUCAUGUAAGAGUGACAUAGAUUGUCCAGAAAAUGAAAAGUGUUGUGAGUCCAUUUGUGGCUUUUCUUGUUCCUUCGCUCGGAUAGGUACUUUUCUAAGAAGCUCUUAUUUGCACAUAACUGUAGAGUAUGUGCACCACACUCACAGGAGGAAGGGUAAGAGGUCUAAUCAGAAGAGAUCCUUGUUUAGGGUCCCUAAGACUGCCCAGAAGUACAAAACUAUGACCAAGUAUUACCAGGUCAAGUGUCUUCUUUUACCCUAUAUAGGCAAAGAAGGUUUCUGUCCCUACAAGCCCUCAAGGUGUCCUGUGAUUGAAAAACCUAAGUGCCUUCAUGAUGAGGAUUGCCCUUUGUCAUUUAAGUGCUGUUCAGUUUGUGGACUGAAGUGCAGGCAACCUGCAAAAUGA